AUGUGUUGGAUUUUGAAUAAUAUUCUAAGUACUAGCUGGUACGGUCGUGGUAACGACGGGGAUAGGGCUGUCAAGAAUCUCCGGGGGAGAUUCCGCUGCCAACCCCGACGACUAGACCUGGCAACAUUUAACGCAGGCACUUUAAGGACCGACGGAAAGAUGAUCGAGCUGGAAGAAGUAGUGAGCAAGUUGCGCUGGAAUGUAAUAGGUUUGUCUGAAGUCCGAAGAAAGGGGGAGGACUCGAUAACCUUGGAAUCCGGCACCUUGUUCUACUACCGGGAGGGCGACCAACUGUCCCAGGGGGGUGUUGGGUUUAUCGUUCGUAAGUCCCUCGUGAACAAUGUUGUUCGAGGCGAGAGUGUGUUGAUUAGGUACCUCAUUCUCCGAAUUACCAAACGGUAUUCGAUGAAGAUUAUGCAGGUUUACGCGCCGACCUCGACACAGACCGACGAGGAGGUAGAGGUACUGUAUGAGGAUAUAUCAAGAGCCAUAGGUUCAAAGUUGAGAGUGGGGCAAUUUGGUUAAGGGCAACGGAAACAGAGGAGCCAAAUGUUGGUUGACUUCAUGGAGAAGGAGGGUCUCUUUAUGAUGAACUCCUUUUUCAAGAGGCCACCAUAUAGGAAAUGGACUUGGAAUGGUUUCACAAAAAAAGAGAUAGAUUUCAUCUUGUCUACCAGACGGCAUAUAUUCAACGAUGUCUCUGUGAUCAACAGGGUCAAAACCGGUAGUGAUCACUGAAUGGUAAGAGGCACGUUGAAUAUCAACAUACAGCUGGAACGGUACAAACUGGUGAAAUCUACGCUCCGACCUACUCGUGCCCAAAUCCAAACCCGCUUUCAACUGGAGUUACAGAACCGCUUCGAUUGCCUAUCAGAUUGCCUUGAAGUGGACGAUCUAAACAAUAGACUUGUGGAAACUGUCCAUACGGUCGGGUCUAAGUUUUUCAAAACCCAUCGUACAAAAAGAACCAACAAGUUUUCGGACCAUACACUGAAGUUCAUGGAGGACAGGCAAGAAAUCAGAUUGCAGUCUUCAACAGUCCCGUCAAAGUGCCGUCGGAUUAAUAACGAUCUUAAAUUGCAGACAUGCGACUUUAACACCGAGCGUAUCAAGGAUACAAUCGAAAAUAAUCGAGGCUCAAAAGUAUUCGCCAGAGAUCUUUCUAUUGGACGAAGAUAGUUGACGCAUUUGAAGACCGAUCAGGGCAAUAUCAUUUCUUCUAAGCCCGAGAUCUUGAGUGAGGUCGAGGAGUUCUACAGACAGUUAUACACCUCUUCCCAAAAGCCUGUUGACAAUUUGGCCAAAGAUCCUAGAGCCAAAUUGACUCGACAUUAUACCGAAGAUAUCACGGACGUCAGCAUGGUAUACAAGAUUAGUAUGGCUCCCAAACAACUUAAAAACAACAAAGCACCAGGUGAUGACGGAAUCACAGCAGAACUCCUGAAAGCGGGUGGAAAACCAAUACUUAAGGUCCUUCAGCGGUUGUUCAAUUCCGUCAUUCACGAGGGCACAAAACCUAGUAUCUCGCUGCUAAGUCAUGUUUACAAAUUGUUCUCGAGAGUCAUUACGAAUCGUCUCGCAUAAAGGUUUGACGACUUGCAGCCUCCCGAACAAGCCGGUUUCCGAACAGGCUUUAGUACCAUAGACCACAUCCAUACGCUGCGGCAGGUUAUACAAAAUACUCACAAGUAUAACCACCCACUAUGCAUAGCGUUUGUGGACUAGUCAGUCCGUAUACAGGAUCAGACUACGAGACCAAUCCAAUUGCAGCGAGGAGUGCGGCAGGGAGAUGUAAUCUCCCCGAAGCUAUUUACUGCCGCAUUGGAAGACGUCUUUAAGCUUUUGGACUGGAACGAAUUUGGCAUCAACAUUAAUGGUGAGUACAUCACUCAACCUAUGAGUAAGACGAAGAUCAUGUCUAAUGCUCAUGCACCGCUUCAUCCAGUUAUUGUUGAGGACUCUGCGCUCGAAAUCGUAGACGAAUAUAUAUACCUAGGACACACAGUCCAGUUAGGUAGGUCCAAUUUCGAGAAAGAGGUGAAUCGCCGAAUCCAGCUCGGCUGGGCAGCGUUUGGGAAACUCCGCGACAUCUUUUCGUCCGAAAUUCCUCAGUGCCUGAAGACGAAAGUCUUCGAACUGUGCGUGUUGCUAGUGAUGACCUACGGAUCCGAGACUUGGUCGUUAACUAUGGGCCUCAUUAGAAGGCUCAAAGUCACUCUGCGGGCGAUGGAGCGAGCUAUGCUUGGAGUUUCUCUGCGUGAUCGAAUCAAAAAUGAGGAGAUCCGCAGACGAACUAAAGUCACUGACAUAGCAUAGGUUGACAUGAUGAUGAUGAUGAUGAUUAUUUUAGUGGUAGAGCUUUUUGUGACACUACAUGGCUGUAGUGGGGAAGCACUACAGCCAUGCAGCAUUGCUGUGUUGCAGUUUGUAGGGCAUGGUUUCCGGUAUAAACAGGCACAUAAAGCUUAACACCUACGCACUCUUUAUUUAUUUAUAAUAAGUAUAAAAAACCAUGGCUUCCGAAGGAUUUCGCUUAGAUCUUCUAAACUAUUCAUUGGAUUUUAAUGCAGUUUUCAGCAAUGUACUCAAGACAAAGAUUUUUAUUGUAAAAAGUACAUGCAUAUUAAAGUAUAGAAAAUAUAUCAGUGAUUUAAAAACGGCGGCUGCCAGACCGUUUUGAAUGAUAACCUAUAGUAUAGACUAAUCAUAUAUUGUUAUAUAAUGUUAGUAAUUAUCAGUGGCGUGCAUAGGGUGUUUAGCUAGGGUAUGCACAAUAAGUAAAAAUUGGAAAUUUCUUUGUCGAACUUUGUACUCUGUGGUCCAACAUAGGUUUGUACUGGGUCCUUAGGGUAGGCAGUGCGUUUUUGCAUCUAUGAAGUGCACGCCACUGGUAAUUACCUAUAAUGGAUGCUGGGGAGUAUUUCUCAUAACUCUAGGAUUAUAUUCUUUACCGAAAAUUAAUUAUAAAUGUUCAAGGAACAUGUGUUAUAAAAUUAAUAUUAUCGGAAUAAAUAAUAUUUCUUUUGUAAAUAGAUCUUAAAAUGUGUCCCUUAUUAUGCAUCCUUAUAAUUAUGACGUAGUCAAGUUUAACGUAUUAUAUAAUGCUAUGAUGGAUAAAGGUCACAUGUCACAUGGGUAGUCCGAAUUAUUUAAAUUACUUUGUAUGAAAACAUAGUAAGUUUUUACUAUUCAGUUAAAAAAAUAUUAGUUAUGCAGUCUCCUUUAACUGGACUCGUCAACACCUUGAACUUAUGGUUAUAACUCCCGAGCACCCUGUAUAGGUACAGUGCACCCUACAUGGCUAAAUCUAUCAUUCCUGUUUAGACCAUAUUUGGGUUAUCUACAUAUUAUUAUUAUUAACCAAUAUAAUAAAUUAUACGAGAACGUAUUUAAAAAAUUCUUAAUUUACCUAUUGACUUUUUUCUUUUUUUUUUAAUAUUUUUUCCUAAAAUAAGUAGAAUUAUUUUAAGUUGUGGCUAUAAUAUUUUAAGAUAUGGCUGUAUAAGUUGUAAAAAAAUUAAUUAAAAUUAAGUAAAUAAAAAUAAAUUUAAAGUAAAGAUAGUUAACAUACUUACAUAAAUUUUACGUGCGUGAUAGUUUAAUAGUUAAGUAAAUUAAUUGUAAUGAAUGAAAUGUAAAAAUAAAUUGAAGUGUUUGCCUGUAAUAAGUACAAAUUGUGUCUUGUCUUAUUUAUUUGAUUAAUUUAUUUAAUUGAAAAUGUGUAAAAAUGGUACGUCACGUAGGUACAAAUAAUAAUUUAUUUAACUCACGAGUAAAUUACGUAAAAUAUUAAUAAAGUUAUGAAAAA